AUGGCGACAACAGCAUCGGUGUACAACACCUCGCGCACCACACGACAAAUCCUCCGGCGGCAUCGCAAGGACAAACCGUCGCUCAUCCUACAUCUGCACAACCACCAUUUCCGCUUCGAACGUCAAAAUGGCAUGUUUCUCUUCGACUCACCCGUCAAAGCGUUUCUCGGGUACAUUCGCGAUCAAAAAGUACCCGCGGAUCUGAUCGACGUGCUCACCGAGUCAGGGAUACAGUUCUUUGAAGGCUGUUUGUUGGUGGAUGUGCACGAUCAUCGCAGUCAUGCUGCUGCUUCUUCGUCGGUUCUUGGCCCACGCGAGCUGCACAAUAUGAGUGCGGCUGGUGCGAUUGCUAGAGCCGGUCCAGAUGGUGCGUCGGGGAGUAUAGGAGAAGGUGGACUCGCGUCGAGUCUGUUCUAUCUCCAAGAGGGGGGUCGAUACGGUGCACGAAAACUGCUUGGCGCAACAGGCUCGACUGAUCCGCGAACGGGCGGUCUGGGCGGCGUCGAGAUCUACCGAAUUGUUCUCCAUCCGACAUCAGAAACGCUCUGGGCAGAUAUCAAAAUGCUCGACGACAUGACGGGUGGCAUGUGGAGCGACCAAGAAGCGCUCGAGGUCGAAGCCAAGAUCCUCGCCCUUACAGCUCCCCCGCUCUGCCUCACACCCGAUCCGCAAGCCACGCGCAUCGCCAACCUUAUGCUCAGCUCCACCGCGCUUCCGUCCGCAUACAACCCCUCACAAGACUCUCCCUUCAGAUCGGCCAAGAAACGCGGCGCCAACUCGAUCGAGAUGGAAAAAGAAGAAGCCAACCGCCAGCGUCGCGAGAAGAUCAUGCGGCUCAUGCAGCACGGACACAAGAGUGCGGUGCCGCCGCAGGCUGGCUUGCAGAGUGCUUUGGCCAGACCCGGAGGUGCGGCGAUGGGUGAGAGUGCCGGUUCUACGUCUGCAGCGGCAGCUACUGCGUUUGUGCCGACGUUCGACAGGAUGUCGUUUAUCGAAAGAUGGAGGAUUGGCAGGAAUGCUGCGCUCAAUGGUGGAUUGCCAGGAGUGCUUCCUCCUGGUGGUGGUGCGGCGAACGCGCCCAAUGGUACAGCCGCUCCAGGUGCAAACACCAAGGGUGGGAAGGACGCGACGAAGGCGAGCGACAAGGACGACUCUACCGACGCAGCCAAUACUUCGACAGCCAAGAAGCCACCUUCGAAGAAGAAGAAAAAGGCGCAGCGUGAGAAGGAGGAAGCCGAAGCGGCAGCUGCUGCAGAAGCAGCCAAGAAGAAGGCCGAAGAGGAAGCAGCCGCUGCAGCCGCCGCCUCCAAGAAGCCAAAGAAGAAGCUCACGAAGAAGGAGCGCGAGGAGAAGGAACGCAAGGAGAAAGAAGAGAAGGAGAAGGCCGAGAAGGAGGAGAAGGAGCGCAAGGAAAAGGAGGCGGCAGCGGCAGCAGCCGCGAAUGGCAAGCCUUCCAAACCGAAGAGCAAGAAGAAGCAGAAGGAAGAAGCAGCUGCAGCAGCAAGUGCCGAAACUGCCCACAAGAGUCCCGCCAAGAGUGCCAAAGCAGACGCACCGGGCAGCCCGGAAAAGGACAAGAAAGCAUCGCCCAAGAAGACUGCCGCCAAGAAACCAGCCACGACCGCUGCCGCCACUGCGACGCCUACAACUACGGCUGUCACCCCGGCCAGCACAGGUAAGAAAAAGACCCCGGCCAAGAGCGACAAGAAGAAUAAUGCUGCCGCCAACGCCGGCGCUACCAACGGAACCGCCGACUUUACCCCAUCCGCCGCCGCGGUCCAGGGCACACCCAUUCUCAACAGCGCCACACCCUCCGUGCAAUCCACCCCGACGCCAGCACACCGCUCCAUCCCCUCGCAACCGCAACAGGCACAGCAACUCCAACAACAACAGCAGCAGAUGCAACAGCCAUUUACACAGCAGCAGCUCCAGCAAGCCGCCCUCGCAGGUAUGUUCCCGAACAUGGCCAACCAGCUGCCCUUUGGCGCGGCUGCACCCAACGCCGGUGCCCAAGGCGGCAGUGGCUUUGGUAUGCCGAUGAUGAACGGGUUCCCGCCGACGAGUAACCCGCAGGCCACGGCUGCGGCGCUGGCGGCUAUGCAAGGAAUGGGGCUCGGUCAGUUUGGAGGAGGCGGUUUCAACAAUGCCGCGCAGAUGCAGCAGAUGAUGAGUAUGAUGAAUGCGGGCGGGAUGGUUGGCUUCAAUGGCAUGCCUGGGUUUGGGGGUCAGCAGGUGGGACAGGGCGGACAGCCGGUGCAGCAGCAGGGUCAGCCUGGAGUUCAACAACAGGGGCAGCAGGGACAGGGACAGGGGCAGGGUGGGGAUAUGCCUGUCGGAGUGGGACUCGCUGGCCUAGCUAAUUGGGGGACAGGCAAGUAG